UGCACGGGCGCGCCGUGCGGGCGGCGCCGAGGCGCGGGCGGGCGCGGCGGGAUGUCGGGGCCCAACGGAGACCCGCACGUGUUGGGCGGCGGCGCCGGCGACGAGGGCGACGAGGGCGGGGACACCUUCGAGGAGGAAGAAUAUGCAGCAAUAAACUCCAUGCUGGACCAGAUCAACUCCUGCUUGGAUCACCUGGAGGAGAAGAAUGAUCACCUACACAUCUGCUUGAAGGAACUGCUGGAGUCCAACCGCCAGACCCGGCUGGAGUUCCAGCAGCAGAGCAAGCAGCUGAACACAGGAGCUGAUGUGCAGGGAUCCCAGCCUCCUGCCUAGAGUCUGACCACACACUCUCAGCUGGUGUUGCUAAGGGGACAGUUACUGGUCACCAAUUUAAUGUAGAACUUGAAUAGCAGAGGUGCCUCAUGUCUGUUACUUGUUCCUUUCUGUGUUUGUGUCCUGCCGUUCAUUUCCAUGUUGUUUUCCUUUAGCUGUGAGACAGGUGCAGAAGCACAAGGGUGGCUAUAGGAGAGCUGGGUCUUUCUGCUCCCCAACAUGAACCUGGCACUCACACCUGGUUAAAGCUGGUUGUAGGAAACCUGAGCCCAUGCAGGAAGUUUGCAGGCAGGCCCUCUUCACAAAGUGGAAAAAUGAUCUCUGCUCUCUUUUCCUUAAAUCCAAGCAAAGAGUAUUGUGGCUCUACAGCCUUUGGCAGGGGCUGUCCUGACUCCAGGCUUGUCCCUAAGUGUAACUUUGAUAACAGCCCUGGAGAGGGAGGGCCUAGGCCUUGAAUCUACAGCUUCUUCUCCCUUAGUCACAUCAACUGUGAUUACAAAAUACUGGCACAUGGUUCCAGAUCACUGGACACUUCCACUCCAUUCCAAGCAGAUAAGACAAGCUACCAGGGUGGUGUUUCUGACCAUUGUAACUGGGAACUGCCCCACUCUUCAGCUGCCAUUAAGGACCGAGGUGUGGAGAGGCAGAGCAGCCUGGUUAGCCCCCACCACAGCGUCAGCAAUAGAAAGCAGAGCCCUCCCUGUACAUUCUGACAAGGCACGAGAGGUCUGGUCUGUACUUUGUGAUCUUGUCAGUAUGUCCUAGAGCCAGCACUUUUGAAGAAGUCUUAACUGUUCUACUUACGUAGAGUUAAAGGAGUUUUUUGGAAAGUUAAAGAGGUUAUUUAAAAGAAAUGUGUUUUAUUAAAAUCAGUUUGAAACAAA